AUGAAUGCUUCCGAUCCCGCCGAUCUGGCCGAGAUUGCCAAGUCCAAGGCCGCUUCCCACGAUAUUGCCAUCAGCGAGAAGAACCCUAAUGUCGAUGAAUUGACCAUCGACAGUGCCCCUCAACAGGGCACAUACAUUGACGAUGGCAUUGACAAGGCCUCACCUACCGCGGAUGAGCUUGCUAACCUGCGUCGUAUUGCGGGCAAGAUCCCCUGGGCUGCGUACACCAUUGCCUUUGUGGAACUCUGCGAGCGGUUCUCGUACUACGGUACCACCGCAGUUUUCGUCAACUUCAUUCAGCGUCCUCUUCCGGAAGGAUCUGUCUCGGGCGCGCUCGUUGCCGGUACCUCAGACUGGAGCAAUGGUUCACCUGGUGCUCUCGGUAUGGGCCAGCAGGCCUCAACCGGUUUGACUUUGUUCAACUCCUUCUGGUCCUACAUCAUGCCCCUGGCCGGUGCCUGGGUUGCCGAUCAAUACUGGGGUCGAUUCCGUACUAUUUUCUCCUCGAUUGCUUGCGCACUCGUUGGUCACACUAUUCUUGUCGUUUCUGCCAUUCCCAAGGUUAUUGCCAGCCCUAAUGGUUCUAUCGCGGCUUUCACCAUCGGUUUGGUCAUUAUGGGUGUUGGAACUGGUGGUUUCAAGUCGAAUAUCUCUCCCUUGAUUGCCGAGCAAUAUCGCGAGACCAAGCCUUAUGUUACCACACUGCCCAGCGGCGAGCGUGUCAUUGUUGAUCCGGCUGCUACGGUCGCCCGUAUCUACCUCUACUUCUACAUGAUGAUCAACAUCGGUUCGCUUGUUGGCCAGAUUUCCAUGGUCUACGCUGAGCGAUACGUUGGCUUCUGGCUGUCGUACCUGUUGCCUACUGCCAUGUUCUGCCUUUGCCCCACCGUUCUGUUCCUCUGCCGCAACAAGUACUACCUCACUCCUCCCAGUGGAUCCAUUUACCCCAAGGCAUUCAAGCUGUGGAGCUUGGCCAUGAAGGGUCACUGGACUCUCAACCCCGUUAGAUGGUUCCGCAAGUCUGAGACCAACAUUUGGGAUGCCGUUAAGCCCAGCGUGCUCGGUGCCAGCAAGCCUGCCUGGAUGGACUUUGAUGAUGCUUGGGUUGAUGAAGUCCGCCGUGGACUCAUGGCCUGCCGAGUGUUCCUGUGGUACCCUCUGUACUGGCUCGCCUACAAUCAGAUGUUGAACAACUUGACCUCGCAGGCCGCCACCAUGCGUCUUGGCGGAGUCCCCAAUGAUAUCAUCAACAAUCUAAACCCCUUCGCACUGAUCAUUUUCAUCCCGAUCUUCGAUCAAAUCGUCUACCCCGGUCUCCGCAAGAUUGGCUUCAACUUCACCCCCCUGAAGCGUAUCACGGCCGGUUUCUGCAUGGCCGGUGCUGGCAUGAUCGUCGCCGCUGUUACCCAGGCCUACAUUUACAAGCUUGGACCUUGUGGUAAUCAGGCCAACUACUGUCUCGAGGUGAAGGGCGAGUACACCAACAUCUCCGUAUGGAUCCAAGCUUUGACUUAUAUCCUCGGUGGUAUUUCCGAGAUUCUGGCUUCCGUCACAUCUCUCGAGUACGCCUAUACCAAGGCGCCCAAGAACAUGCGAUCUCUCGUCCAGGCCGUGGCGCUCUUCAUGAACGCCAUUUCUUCUGCCAUUGGUCAAGCCUUUGUUGGGUUGUCCGUGGAUCCCCUCCUGACCUGGAACUACACCCUCGUCGCAAUUCUGGCCUUCAUUGGCGGAGCAGGAUUCUGGGCAACCAACUACAAAUUAGAUCGUGAGGAAGAUGCACUCAACAUGCUACCAGAUAGCCAGAUGGGCAAUCGGGAGGUUGUGGAUGAAGAGCGGAAGUAA